CUACGAAGUAGCGUAUGGAAUGCACGUUUCUUGACGAGACAUCAACAAAGCUUCCUGAAGUUAACUCGAAGCGUUUCCUUUUGGUUCAGUUCUUGACACUCCACUAUGUAUUUCCGUGUAGUGAUUGGCUUCUCAAUGCUACAGGCAGUAUUUGGUCUUCAAGAUUGUCCGUCCGCAGUGGUUGGUCUUGCAGACCCUAAUAUCAUACCAGACAGUAGUUUUACAGCGAGCACGGAGCUGACGGCUCAAUAUGGAGCCGUCAAAGCUAGGUUUACUUCUGAUCGUUGCUGGGAACCAAAUGGGAAUAACAAGGCUGAUGAUUAUCUACAGAUAGACUUGGGUAAAGUGUUUGUUAUCUGUGCUGUGGCUACAAAGGGUAAUGCAAGACCAAUAUCUGAAUGGACAGAAGAGUACAAGAUAUCCACAUCAGUAGAUGGUACAACGUGGUCUUGGUAUCCAGAUAAUAACGCUGUCCAGACAUUUGUUGGUAACACAGACAGUAAUACUGCUGUUAAGAAUGUUCUUAAUGCUCCUGUCUUGGCAAAGCUGAUAAGAUUUACACCAACAAAGUGGAACAACUACAAGUGUCUACGAGUUGAGCUUUAUGGCAUUGAAUAUGAUGUUUUUAGUUGCAAAUCCUACACUGUUGGUGUUGCAAGUGUUGCUAAGAUACCAAACAAUAAGAUGACAUCCUCAUCCAAUUACAAUACCAGCACUCCACCAUACAAUGGCAGGCUUGGUUACARUGCAGGGUCGUCAUGGUGUUCUGCUACGUUAGACUCUUUUCCAUACCUACAAAUUAACCUGAACACACCUUAUGUCAUUUGUGGUGUUGCAACACAGGGUGACCACAUGUCCAACCAAUGGGUGCAGGGUUACUAUGUACAGACAUCAAGUGAUGGCAGGYCAUUCACUGACUACAAACAGAAUAACAUUGUUAAGGAAUUUGCUGGUAACAUUGAUCCCAAUACAAUUGCUCAAAACCUGCUGUACGAGGGAACUGUUGGUCAGUACGUCCGCAUACGACCUAAGAGUCAUUAUGGAUCUACAAGCUGUAUGAGAACAGAACUGUACGGUAUACGACAGACUACAGUUUGUUCCAGGAUUUCCAUUGGUAUACCAUCUGCAGCUAUUGUUCCUAAUCACCGAUUCACUGCGAGUUCAUAUUAUAGCCAGUAUUAUAUACCAAGUAAUGCCAGGCUUAGGAAGAACGCAGCCUGGGAACCUGCAAAUGGCAAACAACCUGGUUCCUGGCUGCACAUAGAUCUUGGUUCUGUGGUAUUUAUUUGUGCUGUUGCAACUCAAGGGAAUGGCCAUUCUGCUAUGGAAUAUGUCAAGAAAUACAAGCUCAGAACGUCAAGUGAUAAUAUUAAUUGGAAAUAUUACCAGGAAAACAAUGUAGACAAGAUAUUUACAGGAAACACAGACAGAACGACUAUCGUAACAAACAGUCUGGCAAUUCCAACUAGAGCUAAGUUUAUAAGAUUUUACCCUGUGGAA